AUGUCGGCGGCUGCGCAAAUUCCAGGAGGGUUGGGGUUGGAAGCAGGAUGCCUACUACGGCAACUGGUCGCAAACUGGUACAAGAAGGUCGCCGACGAUGGUGUCUCAUGUUGCUGGUGGUUGGCCGCGACUGGUGACGAGCUGUCAGAAUUCACUAGAGCCAACCAUGACAGUUGUUGCAAGGAAGAUGACAGGACAUCACAAGGGCUUUCCAGCGAGAAGUUGUUGGUCGCGCUAGGGCCGGAGAUGAAGAAUCAUUGGUCAUACUACUGGCUAGAAAAACUGGUCGUUUUCUUGCAGACGACCAGUGAUGGGGUUCAGACGUGA